AUGAAGAUGUUGUUGCCAUGGGAACUGUUAAUCCUUCUGUUACUCAAAGAGUGCCUGGCUGAGAAUACACGCCAUGGUCCUGUCUUCACUCAGGAGCCGAGUGACAGCAUUUUCCCCCUGAGCAUUGACGAUAAGCAGGUGUUCAUUAAUUGUAACGCAAGAGGAAACCCAACUCCUCAUUAUAGGUGGAAAAUGGAUGGGAGAGAGAUAAACACAGAGUUGGAUCCGAACUUCAGCCUGGUGGAGGGGAACCUGCUGAUCAGUGAUCCUCGUGUCAUGGAUCAUGCAGGAGUGUAUCAGUGCAUCGCCACCAACACAUUCGGGACUGUCAUCAGCAGGGAGGCAAAGGUCCAGUUUGCAUUUCUGCAGCACUUUAGCAUGAAGUCCAGGAACACGGUGUCGGUGAGAGAGGGUCAAGCCGUGGUUCUUCUGUGCGGGCCUCCACCCCAUUACGGAGAGAUAAAAUAUUCCUGGGUUUUCAACGGUCAGCGGAACUUCCUGCAACAGGACGCCCGUCGCUUUAUCUCUCAGAGGACAGGCAACUUGUACGUGGCCAAAGUUGAAGCCUCCGACGCGGGGAACUACACGUGUGCGGUGAGAAACAUGAUGACCAACGCCACAGUGCUCAGCUCUCCAACCCCUGUGGUGGUGCGGAGAGACGUGAUGGGCGAAUACGAGCCAAAAAUUGAGGUUCAGUUUCCCGACACCCUUCACAUCUCGAAAGGAUCAUCAGUGAAACUGGAAUGCUUCGCCUUAGGAAACCCGGUGCCUUCCAUCUCCUGGAGAAGAGCUGAUGGAAAUCCACUCCCUGGAAAGAUUAAAAUCAACCACUCCAGUGGGGUUCUGGAAAUCCCAUAUUUUCGCCCAGAGGAUGCCGGUGUGUACGAGUGUGUUGCCGAAAACAGCAGAGGACGAAAUGUAGCCAGAGGGCAACUUCUAUUCCAGAAUGUUGAGCAUCUGCACUGGGUCCAGACACUGAAAGAUGCUCAUAUGGCAAUAGAUGCUAAUCUGCAGUGGGAAUGUAAAGCCAGUGGGAAGCCGAGGCCGGCGUACAGAUGGCUGAAGAACGGUCAGCCGCUGACACCAGAGGGGAGGAUCCAUGUGGAAGAUGGCAGGCUGACCAUAUCCAGCAUCACUCUGUUGGACUCUGGGAUGUUUCAGUGUGUGGCAGAAACUGAGCACGGAGCUGCCUACGCCAGCGCUGAGCUCAAGGUUGUUGCCUCCCCACCGGACUUCACCCGACGGCCCGUGAAGAAGUCAACAGUGAUGCAGCGGGGGGGCGAGGUGGUGCUGGAGUGUCGCCCCCACGCUUCCCCCAGGGCCGCAAUAUCCUGGUGGAGAGGGGGGGAACUCCUCCAGGGGGGCAAGAGACAGACUAUCAUGGAGGAUGGGACUCUACGUAUCACCAACAUCUCCAAAUCGGACGGAGGCAGGUACACAUGCUUGGCCAAAAACCACUUUGGAACAUCCAGCAGCACAGGAACGCUGGUGGUAAAAGAUCCAACAAAGAUUAUAGUCCCACCCUUGAGUUUGGAUGCCAGUGUUGGACAGAGCCUCGUGCUGCCAUGCGAGGUGUCCAGUGACUCGUCCGUGAGUCCCGUCUUCAAGUGGUUUUUCAACGGGAAAGCAAUAGAUUUCAGCAGGCAGGAGCACUUUGAGAUGAUAGGAGGGGGAUUUGCAGGUGACCUGAUGGUGAGGAACAUUCAGCUAAAGCAUUCUGGGAAGUACGUGUGUAUGGUGCACACUGAAGUUGACACUGUCUCAGCAGCAGCAGACUUAAUUGUCAGAGGACCCCCUGGUGCCCCUGAGAGCCUGGUGGUGACGGACAUCACUGACACCACUGUGCAGCUGUCCUGGGGCUCUGGACCUGACAACCACAGUCCUGUCACCAGGUACAUGGUGCAGGCCAGGACCCCCUUCUCCAUAGGCUGGCAGACUGUGAGAACAGUUCCUGAUUCUGUGCCUGGACAGAUGAUGCGUGCAACAGUGAGAGAUUUGAACCCCUGGGUGGAUUAUGAAUUCAGGGUGGUUGCAAUCAACAGUGUUGGUGUUGGAGAACCCAGCACGCCUUCAAAACAGACCCGAACCAAAGCAGCAGUUCCCAAGGUUGCACCAGUUAAUGUGAGUGGUGGCGGAGGAGCUCGAGGAGAACUUGUCAUCAUGUGGGAGCCGGUUUCAGAGGAACAGCAGAGCGGAGAGGACUUUGGCUACGUUGUGGCUUUCCGCCCACUUGGCAGCAGCACCUGGAUCCAGACAGUGCUGGUGUCGCCUGAUGCAUCGAGAUAUAUAUACAGAAACGAAAGCAUCGCUCCUCUGUCCCAGUUUGAAGUGAAAGUGGGAGUCUACAACAGCAUGGGAGAGGGGCCGUUCAGCCGCAUCCUCACUGUUUUAUCCGCAGAAGAAGAGCCCUCUGAGGCGCCAUCCAGAGUAUGGGCCCAUGCUGUGUCAGCGUCUGAGAUCGAGGUGCACUGGGAGCCCAUUGCCCCCGGGUCCAGCAGCGAGAAGAUCAUUGCAUAUGAGGUUCUCUUCUGGGAGGAAGGGUCUGAGCAGAGUGAAGCGGAGGCAGCGAGGGUUAUCGACACCACGGCUCUGCUCUCCGGCUUGAAGGGCAGCUCAGCCUAUCAGAUCGCAGUCAGAGCCCAGAACAGCGCCGGCCUCGGACCCUGCAGCCACGCUCUCAACAUCACCACCAAGAAACCACCUCCAAGUCAGCCUCCGGGGAAUAUUGAGUGGAACCUGAGCAACUCUAAGAUCUUUCUGAAUUGGCAACAUGUCAAAGCGAUGGAAAAUGAGUCUGAGGUGACGGGAUACAAGGUUGUGUAUCGUCAGAACUGGCACGGCAGGACUUCUGUACUGGAAACCAAUAAGACCAGUGUGGAGCUCCACAUCCCCUCCGGAGAGGACUACCUCAUUGAGAUCAAAGCUCUGACUGAAGGGGGCGAUGGCACCAGCAGCGGGCCCAUCCGCAUACCAAAGAUGUCCAGUCUGAACUCAAAAGGGUCUGUGUGUCAAGUUCCAAUGAAGAUUUGCAGUUUUAUGAUGUUUUCUGUAUUUGUAAUGUUCAUUAUGUAGCUUCUAUGCCUCUAUAUCCAGCUCUGGGCACCAGAAUGAAUAUAGUUUAUAGUUCUCUUCUACACGUCAGAUGUAUGGAAUAAGAAGGUAACUUGACAAUUUUUCAACCUCUGGUUUGUAAAUGAAAACUGGACGAUGUGUGUGUUCUGACAGGUUGUCAAAUGCCCACAAAAUGUGUCUGGACUGUUACUCACAGGCAAGAGUACAGUUACAAAACACUUUCAUCUGCCUAUUUUCAGGACCACUGCAACCCUCCAGGAUGUAUGAGUUUGAUAAACGUGGGGAUAUGAGUUUCUUAUCUAUUUCCGUUUCCCCCUUUCACUGUCUGUUUCCACCUAUUUUGCCUCAACUCCCAAGUUAUUUCUUGGCUUGCUGUGACCUCUGAAUGUUACAGACCAAAAGGUACAAUUGAGCAAAUUGGCUUAAGCAUAUUUCUCAAAACAUCAGAAACAGGUAGAGGAUCUAAUGUUCUGUCUAUAUUCGUAGAAAGCCUUAAGCUAGCAACUAACACGAUUGAACGAUUCAAGAUUCAAAGGCUUUAAUGUCAUAUGCACACUAGCUACAGUGUAAAAAUGGCAAUGAAAAUCUUAAGUCCCGAGCUCCUCCAACAAUGCAAUCUAGUUAUAUAAGACUUAAAACAGUCAAACUGAUUAAAAAAUAAAAAUAGUGCAAGAAGAAACAGAGUAGAAUAGUGCAGAUUAUGUUGCAGACCAAUGUGCAAGUAAUGCAGAUGAAAAUGAAAUAAACUAUAUACAGGUCAGGAAAAUAAAUAAUGACACUGGUUCAUACAUGAAACAAAUACCUGAUUAUUAGUAUUUGUAUUUUUGUAAAUUUCUUUCACACUACACAACCAAAAAGCACAUCACAAGUGAGCUAAUAGAUUUUAAAAGCAUUAGCUCGUCAUUAGCCUUCCUACCAAACAAAACUGAAGUUUUUCUCAGAAGAGUAACUGAUUUUGUUAUUUUAUCGCACCCUUUAAUAUCUGUAAGUCACAACGGAGAGUUACAAAGAUACAAAGUCAUAUUUGAUUCAACAAAAGUAAACAGUCUGAUAUUUGGGUUAGUUAUGCUAGUAUGCUAGUAUGCUAGUAGCAUCUGCUUUAGCUUCAAGCUGCUAGCCUUAGUGGUAGUAAAGCAGAUUAGGAAAAGGCUACAGAAGUUUGCCAACCCCAUAUUUUCGUUUUUUUAUUUGUAUUUUAUUAAUCUGUCUUCAGCCCCACCAUACACUGACUCAAGUGAAAUCAUUAAUGCCAAUUUAUAAGAAUGUUGAAUGUCGAAAAAUCUCAAAUUCUACUUAAAAAACAGAAACUUAAAAAAAAAACACUAGUUAGGGUUCUUUUUGGAUGGAACAUACAUGUUAACAAUGACCUGACAUUUUCAUAAAAAAAUCUAAUUAAUUCACACUGGCCAAUACUGAUUAGGCAACAAGAUUUAUUGCAUAAUACGAAGGGUGUCUCUUCUUGGAUUGAAACAUCCCAUAGUGUUGCUUUCUGUAUUAGUUAACAUUUCUGUACUUGCUGGUUUAUUCUGGGUUAUAGCUGUACAGUGCUCUAGUUUCUUCUGAUUUCAACCCCAAUUACCGUGUGUCACUGAAUCCAUUAGAACAGACAAUCUCCAUCAACACUUCAAUACAUGCCUUCAUCAUCCUGAGAGUUAAAGACAGCCGUGAAUGUUUUGUUGAUUUUAUACAAGGAAGCGUUUUAAACACUUAUCAAGAAACUCUUGAAUUUACUGCUUAGAUAGGUUGCAGAUGUAAACUUAGAUGAAUUCUUGACAUGUUUAACAAAGCUGUUUUGCCUUAUCAAGUGUAUUAAAAAAAUAUAUAUUGUCAACCACUCUUUAAGACAUACAAAUUGUAAUUAUUUUUGCUUAAGUGCAGGCUUAUCAAAUGUGAAAUAUGUUAUUGUGUUACUUCAUUACUUUAUUUGUAACAUUGUAUUUUGGGUGAUAUAUUGGCAACAAUUGUAUUUAUUUAUAUACUAUAACACCAAAUCUAAAAAGAAACUAGUAGUGUUCCCUACCUCCUUUUUUAAGGAUUGUUUUAUGCAUUGAGCUUACCAUAAAACGCUAACAUUAGCAUCCACUAUAACCCAGUAAAAAUCAAAUUUUACAUCUUUGCUGAUAUAUAAUUUAAUCUAAAACAACAUUUGUCUCUGAACAAAUUAUUUUAAAUACAAACAGGCUUACUUAACAGGAUAACACUUCAUAUUGCUGAAUAAUUUAUAGGGAAGGCAUUCAGCAAUAUCUAAUAUGAUGAUGAACAUAAUCUGCAUUUCAAUAUUAUUACAUUCAAGCAAAGGCUAAUUGCCCGGGUGCAAAAUAGUUUUAAUGAGCAUACUUUGUAGGAGACAAGUUCUCAGUUACAUUGCUGAUUUAUUAAAAUUGAAAUACACAA